UCCUAUAACGUCAUCUUUCGGUUAACCAUCGCGACCGAGUCGAGGAUGAAUGUGUCAAUGCGACUGUGCAAAGAAUGUGAAUAUAGUGUUCUCGCUCUUGCGAAUGAUGUUCAAAGGCAAAACUCGGAGUUUGUUUACAAUUUCGUGAGCACUGAGUAAUUACUACAACAACGGCAACAAAAGCAAGAAAAGGCAGGCACAUCGCCAGCAGCAACAACAAUGCAUUAAAUUUUAGUGAUGUCAUCAGAAGUUUCGUUUCGUGGUCGUUGUCGUAGUUGUCGACGUAGUUUCAAAGUUUCUGUUGCCGUUGAAUUGUUGCAAAUAUUUUCCAAUUGAAUUUUAUUUGUUUGCUCUAACUGAUGUUGUCAGUGAUAUUAUUCUGAUGCAUCAGUUAUCAUAAAUUGUGAUAAGCAAAGCUCAAUCUUGAACUGGAUGCAAUAACAUCACUUCAGGCAUUACCUACUCCGUUUGCUUACCACCAACCACUCUUAGAAGAGAUCAGCAGUGAGUAGUAAAAACAACCAAAUCAAAGAAACUUUUAACCGCACCAAAGGACGAUAUUAGUCAGCCCCAAUCGCUAAUAGUUUUGCUUUUCGUAGUAGCAUUAAUACUACGCUUUUGCAUCUUUUUGGGUGGUCCUAAUAACAAAUAAAAUUUGUCAAGCUGAAGCAGUUGUCGCAAGACGUGACGGUGCUGUUGAAAAUUGAAAAAAUGGACAGCAUCGGUGAGGAGAACGGAAACUCGAACAAUAUUGAGGAAGGUCACAAUUUGACGACCACCUCAACACAGCACCAAAGUAACAACUCCUCGAAUUCAAUCGCAGCACCGCCCACAGCGAGUGCGGCCCCUGUGUUGGGCACAGCUGCGAAUGUACAAUACCCGUUAGCGCCAGUGCACAGUCUACAGCAAAUGCAGUCUGUAAUUCAGGCAGCCAAUCAGUCGUCAGUCAUUCAAACAGCCGCCACAAAUGCGGUACCUGCGGUGUCGCCGGCGUCGACAGGGCCCAAAGGUGUACUAUAUGUGAAUAAAGCGCCGAGUACAACGGUCAUACAUACAACAUCAGGCAGUGGUGUGCAAAUCAAACCCGAACCAAAUACACAACACCUCGAUACGAAUAGCGAGGAUAGUCUUACUGAUGAUGAUUCGCCGCAGCGACGAAUAGAGCUCACACGAAGACCAUCAUAUCAUAAAAUAUUCACCGAAAUUAGUGGACCUGAUAUAACGGGUGGAGCGACUUUGCAAAUGUCAGAGACUGGUGGAUUAUCUACGUUACCGGGCACGGGGGGCAACACAAGCGGCACACUAAUACAAUUGCCGCCGGAUAACGCGCCGACAUUUUACAUACCUCAUAGGAUUCCAUACAAUACCAAUAAUAGUGGCAUAGCCGAGGAUCAAACGCGAAAGCGUGAGAUACGUUUACAAAAGAAUCGUGAGGCAGCGCGUGAGUGCCGGCGUAAAAAGAAAGAGUACAUAAAGUGCCUGGAGAAUCGGGUGGCGGUGCUUGAGAACCAAAAUAAAGCGCUCAUUGAAGAACUGAAGUCACUCAAGGAGCUCUAUUGUCAAACAAAGAUCGAUUGAAAUAGGCAGGAUGAUGACGACGACGACGACGAUGCGGUUGGGACGGAUGUGACGGCUUCGGUUGACUAUGAGGACGACGCCGAUUGCGAUGGUGAUGGUGACGAUAACGACGCCGAUGAGGACAUUGUUGACGAAGUUGAUACCUCUGAUGCAGAGGGGACGUCAGUUGCGACAGCGGAAACCGCGACCAAUACAAACUUUGAAACAGUAAUUGCUAGAGAAGUUAUUAAUGUCGAUGCGACAUGCGAAACGAAAGCAGCUACACUACUUAGUAAUGAGAUAAAAUACCAUGAGGACGAUAAUAGGAGUCCUUAUGAAGAGGACCUCGCUUUGUUGCGAACUGUUGCAGCUGAACGAAAUGUUGCUCGAGCGAAUAGUCACAAACUGCAAUUGGUGCAUGUGGAUACGACUCCGUCUGCAGUAGUAGCAACAACAACAACAACAACAAAUACUAUUGUGCGUCGCCUUGUAGUAGCAAAUGUGAAUGCUGCCGCAGCCGCUGCCGUCAAUGCCACCGCCGCCACCGUUGUUUAUGUGCCCGCUAGACCUCCCACAAAUUGUUAACCUGAUUCGGCGAAGAGUUAGAUUUGCAUUAAUUUUUCGUCUGAACUAAAAAUUUUUGAUGAUAAACAAAAACUAAAAAAAUCAAUCAACACAAAAACACUCAAGCAUAGAAAGUGAAGAUAAAACAUUUUUUUGUAAUCUAAUUUAUAUACAUAUGUAUGUACGUAUCUUUUUAGAAUGAGCCGAGAAAGGAUAAAUGCAUUAUAAUUAUGUAAAUGCAAUGCAUUUACAUAUGUACAUAUUUAUAUGUAUGCACAUAUGUAUAAUGACAAUGGAAAUAGUAAGAGUUAGAUAUCUAUUAACGACAGCCCAGAAGGCUGUGGUGAUUUUCGACAAGCUUAAGUUUACGGAACGACAACAGGAUGUUUAAACCUUUUUU